AUGAUGGUGGUGGGCUUGCUGCUCCUGACCUCAUCGAUUCAGCUAGGCCAGGCAGCUGCCGCGGAGAUGCCACAGGUCCUGACUUCCCUGCCGCAAGAAGCUCGAGCGGCCAGGACCGCAUCGAAGGAGGCCGUCGCCUACCUGAACCGGCACAUCUUCGCGGGGAAUGUGCUGAAGCCUUUGGGUGGUGGCGUGGAGCAGUGGGUGGUGUCCUUUUGCCCAAGAUGGUGGCAACCAUGCCAACAGCUGGAGCAGAUCUUCGUAGAAGCGGCACAACAUUGGCAAAGUGAGCUGAACACGGACCCUUCAAUUCUGCGGGUGCGGUUUGCGCAGGUUGACUGCGCUGUGGACAAGGUUCUCUGCAACGAUCAGCAUGUGACAACAUAUCCAAUGGUAGCCAUCUACCGUGGUGGAAUUCAGAUUGGCUUGAAAGGUAUCGCAAGAGAGCAGAGCGUGACUGCGCUUGAGCAGUUUCUGCAGACCAGUCUCCAGCUCGUUCCAAAAUCUCAGGGCACCGAGGCGUAUGGAGAGCCUUCUUCCUUACAGCUGGGCAAGCUUUCAGCCAGCCUCGGGCAAGCUCAUCUUUCGUGGCCCCUGGAGAUGCUGGCGGUUUGUUGGCAGAAUUCAUGCGAUCUCCUGCUGGCAACGGCGUUGUUGUUGGUGAGCCUGCGGUUCCUACAUUACUCUCCUGAGGAUCACUGGGCACUCUUCCGUUUCCUUCUUGCCCUGGGGUCCUUCACCGGCUGUCGACCGCUGAUCAUCGAACUAUGGAGAUCGCUGGCUGGCGGUGAAGAGUUCGAGUUUCAGCCAGCCAUUCCUCCAGAGGCCCUUUCGAUGGAAACGGAGCUCGAGAACGAGAGGCGGAAGUGGCAGCUCUACGAGGCAGUGCAAGUACAGAAGCUCGCCUUGGAGACUGAAGUCGCAGACCUCCGCAUGGACGUCACUGGCACUGCGCCCAUGCAGGUUGUGAAUGAGGUUUUGCGCCCUUUUGGGACGGGUGCCUUCCACGCUGCCGUGGAAGUUCAUGGGAGGGAGUGGAGCUACGGGCAGACGGUGAGGGGUCAUGGAAUCUUUGAAAACCAGCCGGGAGAGUGCCAAGAGCACUCCUACCGAGAGGCUAUUCACAUGGGCUGCACAGACUUUUCCCCUUUCGAAGUGCGGAUGCUUCUUUCCGAGAUGGCCAAGCGCUGGCCGGGUCGCGAGUACGACUUGUUGAACAAGAAUUGCUGCCACUUCAGCGAUGAGCUCUGCCAACUUCUCGGAGUUGGACAGCUUCCCUCCUGGGUCUGGCCCUCAGGGCCGUUUUCAGAAGGGCGUGGGGCAAAAGGUCGGGCCAUAGAGGCGCGUGCUGGGUUCGAGCGCAGUGCGUCAAGAUGUUGUAAACGAUUGCAAGGAAUGACUGCCCGUAGCCAACAGCAAACAUAA